AUGUCGUCCACUUCUCGCAUACAGAACGUGGCUUUGCCCGGAACGGCGCCAGACACCAAGUGGACAGUCGAACUCGAAGGCGGGACUGUCCGGCAGCUCAGUCCGUAUGAAGAUAAUGCAGAAUCAUCACAACCCGCAAUCGACGGCCAAGGCGGCCUUCUGGCUCCCUCACUAUGUCAUCCCCACAUCCAUCUUGACAAGGCAUACCUGCUGUCACAUCCCAGAUACAGCCAUCUCCAGAUCGAAAGGGGGGACUUUCAGGAAGCCAUGGACCUUACCGGCAAGGCCAAGUCCCAAUUCGAGCGAGCCGAUCUACUGGAACGAGGACAGCGUGUGAUUGACGAGAGUGUCACCGCUGGCGUCACUCACAUGCGGGCCUUCGUCGAGGUCGAUGCUGGUGUCCAUACGAAGUGUCUGGAUGCCGGUAUUGAGCUGAAACAGAAUGCGUAUAAUGAUAAAAACUGCUUGAUCCAACUUUGUGCUUUUGCUCAGCUGCCACUAUUCUCUCCGGCGAAAGACGACAGUAAUGGCGAUGUGAUUCGGAGUCUCAUACGCUCUGCCGCUCAGACUGGUCAUAUCGAUGCAGUCGGCAGCACGCCCUAUGUUGAAGCGGAUGGGAAAAGAAUGAAGCAGAAUGUUGAAUGGAUGGUUGACUUGAGCAUUGAGUUUGGCCUGCAUAUGGACUUCCAUCUGGACUACAACCUCGACUCGAACACCGAGCCCAUGGUCUGGCAUGUCGUUCAAACCUUGAAAGAUCGUAAAUGGAGGCAACGAACCAGCCACAGGACUGUAGUCCUCGGUCAUUGCACUCGCCUCACUUUGUGGGAUGACGCCCAAUGGCGAGAGCUUGCUAAUGACAUUGCCGAAGCUGAUCUUCCAAUCUCUUUCGUCGGCCUUCCUACCAGCGAUCUUUUCAUGAUGCGGACCGGCCAGCAACCUGAAGUUCGUGGAACUCUCAACGUUCCAAAACUAAUCGACGAGUAUGGACUGAAUGCCUGCAUUGGCAUCAACAACAUCGGCAAUGCAUUCACUCCGCAGGGCUCUUGUGACCCAUUGGCUUUGGCUUGUCAAGGCGUUGGAAUCUACCAGACGGGCACUAAAAGAGACACUGAACUCCUCUACGAAUGCAUCAGCACCAGAGCGAAAGCUGCUAUUGGGGUCCAGCAACAGCGGCGUGAUAUGGACGUGAACAUUCAAGUCGGCGAUAAAGCGGAUCUUGUCCUACUCAGGGGCUGCGGCGCCGGACAAGCACAGUGGAGGACUAGGAAGUCGGUAAGUGAAGCAGUCUAUCUCUAUGACCAUUGUCAAAGCAGGAGAACGUUUCUCGCCGGCGAGAUAUCAGCGGCGAAAGAGUAA